AUGUCGAAACUCUUGUUGUUGCUAUUGCUGAUUGCUGUAUGCGCUGCUUGCGUAACAGCUAAAGCUGAACCCCAACAAGUCGCUUUAGCUGCGCCUGUUGCUGUCGCUACUGCUCCUGUGGUGGCCGCCCCAUACGUAGCAGCUGCAUACACUACUUCUCCAUAUGCUGCAGCUGCACCCGCGCCUGCCCCUGUAGCCACCACCACCGCUUUUGGCAUACCACCAUACGCUGCAUACUCAUCACCCUACGCUGCGUAUACGUCACCUUAUGUCGCCUCACCUUAUGCCGCCUCACCUUAUGCCGCCGCAUACACAGCUGCCGCCGCAUACACUAAUGCUCCAUUGAACUCCGCGGUCGCCAGUCAACGUGUCGAUGUACAGAGCAAUUACUAUGCAACACCAGUGAUAGCUGCUGCCUCACCUGCCAAGUUGGUCGCACCCAGCUCAGCUGCUUUUGUUGCGCCUGCUGCGCCUGCUGCACCUGCUGCUGCAUACUCGGCACCCAUAGCUGCCGCUUACACAGUUGCUGCUGCUCCUGCUCCCAUACCCGCUGCUGUAGCUGCUUAUACAGCGCCUUCCGUUGCAUCCAUAGCUCCAGCUCGCUAUGUUGCCCCUGCGGCAGUUGCUUCAACAGCUCGUUAUGUGGCCCCUGCCGCAUCGGUAAUAGCUCCUGCUCCAAUUGCUGCAGCACCAGCUAAGCUCGUUGCACCAAGUGUUGUUGUCUAA